GAAGUGGUGAAUCUCUAAUCUGAGUUAAACUGUGUUGUUUUCACACACAGUUCUCCCUCCGUUCAGUGUAGAAGCAUCAGCUUGAGCUCUGUCUUCAACUCUCUUCUCUGGUGAAUGUAAAUGAUGGAAACAUUGGUGACGCUCCUCCUCACUGGAUCUCUGAUACAAGGUUUUUUGUGUAGCUUUAAUAUCAGUCUGCUGCAGAGAGUAGAAGCUCUGAAUGGAUCUUGUGUUUUCAUCCCCUGCACAUUUGAUAUUGAACAAGAAUAUGAAAAAGACCUCACUGACAGUGCAAAGAGAAUGUGGUUUAAAGACGGAGGAAGUACCGCUGUGUUUGACUCCAGCAGCCCCAACACUGGACUGUUAAAAGGAGAAAUAUUUGGCACUGCUACACAGAAAAACUGCACCACACGCUUCGAUAAUGUUGAUCAGAGUCAUAGAGGGUCAUAUUACUUCAGACUUGAAGCCAAUGGUAAACUGAAACUUAGCUACACAGGAUCUACAUACUCUCAAGUUCAAAUUGGCGUCUUAGCAUCUCCACCCAAACCUACACUGAGUGUCUUUCUGGAUCAGCAGAAGGUGAUGAAGAAGGAGGAGGAGGUGGUUGAGGGAAGUUCAGUGAGUCUGCGCUGCUCUACUAAGAUCUUCUGUCCGUCUCGUCCACCAUCUCUCACAUGGAGCUCAUCUCUCAUCGAGAGCGUCGCAGGACAGCAGUAUCAGAACCAAACUGAGCUCAUCUCUGAUCUGAACUUCACUGUUUCUCACCGUCAUCAUGGAGUCAAUUUCACCUGCACUGCAGCACACCAGCUACAGAAGCAGAUCACAACACAAGAGUCCCGUCUGCUAAGUGUUCAGUAUGCUCCUAAAAACACAUCAGUGAGGAUAAAUCCAGCUGGUUUAGUUCUGGAGGGCCGUUCAGUGACUCUGAGCUGCAGCAGUGAUGCAAACCCAGCAGUGAACUACACCUGGUACAGAGACACUGAGAGACCUCUGAAUCCAGUUCAGACCGGACCAAACCUGACCAUCAACAACACCGACCCGACACACAGCGGACGAUACUACUGUACAGCUGAGAACAAACACGGCACACAGAACUCAUCAGUGCUGCUGGACGUCCAGUUUGCUCCCAAUAUCUCCAGCUCUUGCAGCCGAAGCAGUGUAACGAAGUGUGUCUGUGAGGCUCAUGGGAAUCCCUGCCCUACACUAGAGUGGCGUCUGUCCAGACAUGAGCUCUCUAACUCUGCAGAAACCUCCAUCAGUGAGGAGACGUUAGGAAGCACAGGAGUGAAGAGUGUCCUGACCAUCCAUCAGUCCCUCACAGACACGGACGUCCUGCAGUGUUUCAGCACAAACAAACACGGCAGCGUCAGAGCCAGCCAACAGUUUCAGGACGUCCUGAACUAUUAUUGUAUAUGAUUUCAAAAGUAUAAAUCAUAAAACAGGGUCAUUAAAC